AUGUAUUCUUGGCUAACUAUAUUGUCCAACCAACUCAAGAGCAACCUUAAGAGGCUAGAGGCUCAAUCAAUGGAGGAAGGAGCUACCCCCAUGAUUGAGGAUCAAAGGUUUGAAGCAAUGCUCGGUUCGAAAAAAUCAGGAUAUAUACGUGAUCAUGGGGCUGGUCCAAAGCCCACAACAUCUACUGCUGGACAACGUAUCCGUGCACAACUAGAGAAGGAGAAUGAGGAAUUGAAGAGGCAAGCUGAAACAAAUAGGAUGCAUUGGGAGUCGUUGGAGAGGGAAAAUAGUGAUUUGGCUUCGUGA